AAUAUUUAAACAAUAACAAAUUUCAUCAAUUCACAAGGUUAAAACGGUAAUUUCACCACUACUAUAGAUAAGGCAGUGCCGGGGGGCUCACAGAAUCGCACGGUGAAGGAGAGAAGUGUGGAAAUGGCGGCCACGGCGCUCGGAUCUCUGAGCUUCUUCGGCACUCUCCGUCCACCAUCCACCUCUACAGCCCGCCGAUCAAAGAAACCACUGAUGAUCCAUUCCCGAUUCGAGCGACCGCUCGAGGAUAUCUACAACGUGCGAGUGGAGCGCGGCAUCUCCAAAGCGCGGCUGGAGAAGCUCGGCAUCGAUCGAUGGUCCACAUGGAAGACGGGCAAGUGCCAGUUCCCGUGGGAUUGGCACGUCGAUCAGCUGGUCUACGUGGUCAGCGGCGAGGUCCGCGUCGUCCCCGAGGGCGCCACUUCCGGCGAACGACACAUGCGGUUCGUCGCCGGCGAUCUGAUCCGCUACCCUAAGUGGUUCGAGGCUGAUAUCUUCUUCAAUGGACCUUAUGAGGAGAAAUAUCGGUUCUUGGCCUUUGGAGAGGAUUGAAAUUGAAAUCUAAAUCCCUAAAAAUAGUUCUCCAGGUAAGUUAAUCACUGGCAUAGAUAUGCUACUGCCCUUGGUACUGACUGACUCAAGAUGCAGUUACUUCCAAUGGUCCUGGCAAUGGAGGCCCAAACUCAAAGCAACUUCUUAUGUUUUGGAGGAAGAAAUGAACCUGCUGAGUGUUGUUGGUCUAGUAGAGAAGUUAAGGGUGACCUGCCCAAUAUUUCCUGAAGCAAUGACUGAUAUGUGUCACUAUUAUGUGUUUUGUUCUAUUUCUUGCUGUUUUUGUAGAACAUUUUAUAAUUAAUGAAAGCUUGGAGCCUAAUGGUAGCAAAUUACAUUUCAAAAA